AUGGCCCAUGCAGAGCUUGAUCGUCUCCAAGCAUGUUUGAACUUCGCACUGGAUACAUUUCGCAAGGAGUUGGACAAUUCCCACCUUCCUCCUCUGAGCCAACACAGCCCAGUAGAACACCCAUUGGACGACCCAACAACCUACUUACCCAGUACGGCGUUGUUUGAAGCUCGCCGCCUCUCUCUAGCAUGCCUGGGAGAGCUCAAGAACCUUAUCCAGUCGCCUUUGGAUAGGCGCAUGGAAGACAGGUACUCCGGAUAUGGCGUUGCCUCUACCGAUACCCUGAUCAAGACCGGUAUCAUCGACUACCUGUCUGGCGUGCCAAACCCUUCCCAAGGCGUCCCGGUCACUGAACUGGCCUUGAAAUUUGAACUUGAUUCUCAGAAACUCGUUCCCAUUCUCCGCUGCUGUGCAGCCAACGGUUGGGUCAGGGAGACCAGCGAUUCCUCAUUCGCUUUGAACAGAUGCGCGCGCACUUUCAUUGAAGGUCACGCGGGUCGGAGAAUGGCGUUUUCUAUGCCUGGGUUUAUGUCAAUGAUUGAAACCAUACCGCAUUGGGUGGCGGAAUCUGAUUGGAAAUUUUCGCAUUCUCCAGAGCAGACUGCUUUUCAGAUCGCGUUCAAGACUCCGUUGAUGGCAUUCUCCUGGAUUGUGAAAAAUCCAGAGGUCCUCAUUCCAAUUGCGAAUCAUCUUCAAGUUGCGGGCGACAUGUCUACGCCAACCAUCGUGGCGGACUACCCAUGGGAACAGCUGGAAACACCCGUCAUCGUUGAUUGUGGAGGGGGAGAGGGCGGCCUAGUUUCGGCCAUCCUAGAUGCGCAUCCUUCCUUCCGAGCAAUCGUACAGGACAUGGAGAAUGUGGUCGCACUGACAAGUUCGAUUAUGGAAGAACGCCGCCCCCGUGACAUUGAAAGUGGUGUACUCAAUGUGGAAGCACACAACUUGUUCCAGCCUCAGCAACGGAUCGGAAAUGAGUAUAGCUUUAUCUUGCGUCACAUAAUGCAUGAUUGGCCAGACAAAGAAGCGGCGACGAUACUGGGUCAUGUAGCUCGUGCACUGGGUCCUAAGUCCAAGAUACUCCUCAUCGACAUGGUAAAUAUCCCGAACGUAGAUGCGACUGCUACACCGAGCGUCGAAUCGUUCUUGAUGCAUAGCGACGCCAAACGCCGUGACUACAGUAUUCCAUCGCACUUUGGUUCAGCAUCUAAGCUAGUAGCCGCUUACUCGAUGCACAUGCUGAGCAUGAUGAACGGUUGCGAGAGGUCUUUGCGUGAGUGGGAGACACUUGUUGGGGGGUGCGGACUCCGCAUCACGAACGUUUACCCGCUGCGAGAUCACUCUGCCAUCAUUGAAUGUGAACUUGAUACAGGGAUGAAGGGAAAAUUGUAGAUAGUAUAUUGUAACACUG